GGUACAUGAAGUCCUUUGGCUUGGGAGCUGUAUGGGUGUCAAUCAUCUCAGUUGCCCAGCUGUUCUCCAGCUACUACGCCCAUCUGCGCCAAGAUUGCUACCACACUACAAAGUUUGGUCUUCAUGCCACAUAUUGGCUGAUCAAAGCUUGGGAUGAGUUUGUGGCCUCUGCUCUGAUUGUGGAGGACAGUGAAGUGACCGCAGGGAGGGAAAUGAUGGUGGGGAACUGGUUCUUUGUGGUGGCAGCAUUGGUGCUCUGUUGUGGAAGCCUGAACAUGGAUGUCCUGGAGUUGAUCCACAACUUGCUCUUUGUCCUGCUCACAGUUUCCACAAUUCCCCAGAUCCCUAUCCAGGGAUACUACAUCUUCUUUGGUGUAGCUUGCUCUCUCUUUUCUGCAGCCUCCCUAUAUGGUACCUUCUCACGUCUCAUCAACACCAUCGCAGAGAAGUCUCUCAUCCCUGUGGGACCACAGCCCAUCUCGAGUGACCAGCUAAAGAAGGCUUUGACAUGUGGCAGGUCUAAACAGGGAGACCAGGAGGUGUUUUUCCAAACUGACCAUACUUCAGAUGCCCUGUUCUACCUGUCAAAUGGGGUUGCAGCUCUCUCAGCUCUUCAUGCUGCUGUUUCCAGUACAAACCCCUCUUUCCUCCAUCUGACUAUCCCCUGGGUCCUCAUCUCAGGAGCUAUCAUCCAGGCCUACGUCAGUCGGCUGCAAGUCACAGGAGCAGGCCGGUUUGGAUCAGUCAUGUCUUCCAUCUAUGUGGCAGUAUGGGCCACGUGGACGUGGUUUAGGUUUGCAGGUAACCUGCUUCAGCUUUCCACAGGUGCUGCUUACGGUUUUACAGCAGGAGCCAUUGCUUUCCUCGUUAUUAAUGCCUUCCUCAUGCUGAUUGCUGCCUAUAGGAACCUGGUUUUGCUGUUUCUAACUGCAUUCAUGGAGGUCGUACUGGUCUGUUUCCUUCUUUCCACCCUGCAGCGACUGCCAUACCUGCUGGAAAUGACAAUGCUUGCGCUGCUUUCCAUAAUUUGUACAUAUGGAGCUUUGGCAUCUAUGUUGAACUGCAUCUUCUCACAGAGACUUCUACCUAUGGGUCCUGCCUUAUUAAAGGAGAAAGUGAGGCAGGAGACUGCUCCAGAACUACCUUGUCCUUUGGCUAACUCUCGACUUACAAGUGGUCUUAUGAAGAUUGCUGGUCUUCUGGAGGAAGGGGGAGUAUGUGGUGUUCCCACAGAUACUGUGUAUGCCCUGGCUGCAUCCUGCAAGAACCCUCAGGCGAUAGAGAAAAUCUAUAACAUUAAAGACAGACCAGCAGAGAAGCCCAUCUGUAUUUGCAUUUCUAGUGUGGAACAGCUGGUGGCAGCCAAACCUCCCUUUAGUCAACUGCUCUGGGAGUUUAUGAGGAAUGUGUAUCCUGGAGGCAUCAGCUGCAUCGUCAGCAAAGGGGACUGGCUGUUAAGACUAGGAGUGGGACCAGCUUAUGACCGUGUUGGUACAAAAGACAGCAUCAUGAUCCGUGUCCCUGACCACACUGUCACCGUCCAUCUAUGUGACAUCACUGGACCCCUUGCCAUUACCUCAGCCAAUCCAAGCGGAGAGCCAGACAGCACCCACCACAGCAUGGUCAUUAACCGACUGGGGCACAAGAUCCAAGGGGUUCUGUGUGACGGGGAGUCUAACGAGGUUGUUGCUUCCACUGUGGUCAACUGCCUGAAGAUUGAUGAAGGGACCAUCACAAUUGUGAGGGAAGGCUGUGUCCCUGCAGUAAAAGUCCAACAGAUUUUUGACAGAGUGAAAAGCAGAGUGGUGUGAUUGUUAGGGAUACAAUUUCAAAAGAUUGAGUGAAAAUUAAUAUUUAUAGUAUAUACGUCUUGCCAAAUGUUACAAUAAACUCUUCCCAAUGCCAUAAGUAGCAUGGGAUGAAGAAUCUCAGCUGACAUAUGACAACUUAGGAAAAAUAAUGUCACUGUGGCAGAAACAGCAAUAACUUUGAUAUUUAAAUUUGUUUCAAAUAAUAUAUCGAUAAUAAUAACAAUCUGAACUGAAUGACUGUUGUAAAUGGUUACCGAUUCUGUAUAUAUGUAUUUACACAUUUAAACUAUACUGUACACUUAUCUUAGUUUUAAGAGUGCAUCCGAAAACAUAUUUUUCCUCUUCCUGUAAAGCUCAUUGUGCAUUAUUUUACUGUGUAAUUUUGUGCAAAUAAAUGUGUGAUGUGUUGAUGUUGUGUAACGUA